AUGUUACCUCCGUCUUCGUCGUCGUCGCAAGCGGCGAGAAAGUCAGACUCACAACAGCACUCGCCACCGUCAACUGCGAUGUCCUCACCGUUAUCUCCGCCAUCUUCAAUUCCACGCAAAUCAUCUCCGCUGAAUCCAAGAUCGCUACAUAGCGACUCGUCGACCUCAUCCAUUUCGUCUCCAGUGAUCCAUUCAGCGGAGCGUCUCUCGCCUUUCUCAGGGAACUCGCGUCCCAGCCAACCGCAUUCGCCAGCAGAGACACCUUAUAAUCAACUUCGUACUCGCCCGCGCGGGCAAUCUACAUCCAACUUAGAGAUGAGCACGGCGUAUUUGGGCGGCGGCGUCAGAAGGCCCAGUGAUAACUUUGGCGAUGACCGAUCGCUCUUCCGUGGAGACGCCGUAGGAACGCACGAGGGCGAGAUGGAUACAGGAAUAGGACAGCGUCUACUACGGUCGAACGCCUUUCCCACAUCGUCAGCGAACAUACGCGGAAGGUCAGUCUCUUUGACUCCCCAGCAAGAAUAUGCGCCGCUCCCAGACGAGACGAGCAGCGGCGAUGGUCGCAUAGCCUUGGAUCCGCCGCACGAAAUCACUCCUCCUGUAUCAAGCUCAGUGUCAGUGCCAGUGAUAUCGUCGCGGACGCAGAGCAAAGGCGGCAGCACACCAAGCAUUCUAUCCGUUUCGAGCGGUCGAGCGGCCAAGCCAGCUACAUCAUUUGUCCAUGCCGGCGUGACAGGCGAGUUCUGUGCGAAUAUCGCUCUUAGGGCCCGGGUCGUCCACUCACCCUGCAUCGCGCCAGAAACGACCGUUGAAUCCUUCGAGGUUGUGCGGUCCGUAGGGGGCGGCAAGGGAAAUAUCAAUGUCCCAUGGGCCGAGGCGCGAGUGUCUAGGCCGUGGCAGGCGAACAGGGGUGCUCAGAAGAAGAAAGAGGCGAUUCCGGAGGAACAAGAAGAAGGGUGGGUUGCUACCCGAGAUCAAGUUGCGAAGGCCGCGCAAUCGGUGCUAUCUACUGCAGGUGACAUUACCCAUGAAUUGCUUGAAUUCACGCUGGAAGUUGGAGACUUUAUACCCGUACCAGGACUGCAGACGGCCGUCAAGACGUUGCUGAAAAUAUGGGACGUGUUGCAGAUGGUUGAUGUAAGUUUUCCUCCUUGUCUCCCCCUCCGAUGCUCUGUCCUGCCUAUGUUGCUGGCUAUGAGCAACGAUGUCGUCCUUGGGAAAGCACCCCCUCUCGUGAAUUUCUUAUUCGGACUCUCGCUCCCGUGGAUUCUGUCGAAAAGCGCGUUCGUAGAGGUCCUGAAACUUGUCGAGAAGAUUGCGGAUAUGUCGUUCCUCAAGGGAUAUCUCAAGAGGGACGAUAUUUCUAGACAAAUUAAGGGAUGUCAUGGGAAGCUGGACAAGGCGCUGGACAUGUUUGAUAGGUCUGUCGCGCUCCGGGCCCUCAAGUAUAAUGUUGAAGCCCAGAAGCAGUCGGAAGAUAUGCAUCGACUUUUAGAACAGGUUCUAUCAGGGGAUAUACCUCUCCCUGUGCGUCGGUCGCCGGGGACAGACUCUCCGACGAUAUUCGUGCCCUCACCUACCGGUUCCCCGACGCCUAUGCCGGGAUAUACCCCCUUGCCGGGCGCUGAGCCAGACGCGUUGACCGUUCUUCAGGAUGUCCGCCGCCAACAGCGUGGCGUCGGCUUCGCUUACGAUAUGGCGGACUUGAGGAGCCUGAUGACUAUGGCGUUGAAAGCAGGAAGCGAUGCGGAGAUGAUCCAGGUGCUUCAGGUUGGCAGGGAGAACAUGCCGGAGGCGAUCAAGGCCUUGCAGAGAGAACUGGAGAGGGAGGUGGAGAGAGAGCGGGACAGCUUGCCUCCCGAUAUGGCGCCCAGUGUCAGUGGACUUAGUGACGGCGGACUGGGCGGAGCAGGCGGAGGGCUUGGGCUGUCGUUGGCGGACGCGGACGCGAAAGCGAAAACGAAAGUUGCCAGGAGGGUGAGCAUAACUCAGGUUCCCGUUCAUCCCUUGCCGAUGAGGAUGGAUGUGGACGCGGGAGGAGAUGUGAUAUUAGAUGAUAUCAUCGAAGGACCACCCGGUGAACAUGGCAGUGGAGGUGCACCUGUUGACCCGCGUUUAACGAGAUCAAGAACAGUGGUUAGCAUCGAGAAUGAUCUGGCCGCAGACGAGGUACCUGCAAAGGAUACCCUUGAUAGGGAGUUUAUGGAGAGCGGUAUUGAUGCGCUGAGGAGGAUGAGCAAGGGGGUAGAGACGUCAUUGCCGUCGUGGACCAUCACACAGUUCGAAGUCGACACUGAAGAGCGCAUCGGCGUCGGUUACUAUUCGUCUGUAUUUCGUGGCAAUUGGCGCAAGCGGGCGGUGGCUAUCAAAAUCCUUCAUGAAGGUACCUCUCGUAGCCUAUUCGUUCGUGAAGUCGAAAUUUGGAAGAAACUCAACCACCCAAACGUGUUAAAACUCUUCGGUGCAAGCAGUCCGAGCGCGCCGCCCUACUUCUUCGUCAGCGCGUACGCAAAGAACGGGAGCUUGGUGGAUUUCUUGAGAAGAGUUGCGACCAGGGAGAAAGAGAGGCAGGAAGGAGCAACUCCUGGUCAUGGUCCUUCAGGGCUGAGCCGUGCUGGUGACGUCGGCGAUGGAAGGAGGAGUGUGAGUCCUGGGAGGCAGAGCCCUUCAAGGCGAGCUAGAGGUAGCCCAGGCGGAGGUCCUGGAAUCGGCGGGUGGCGUAUGCUCAGUCUUGGACCGUACACGAGUGGGAGUUCUAGUGGGGUUGAUUCGAAGGAGACCGAACUGUUGAGGUUCAUGCAUGAAAUUGCAAAGGGAAUGGAAUACUUGCAUCGUAACGGGGUUGUACAUGGAGACUUAAAGGGUGCCAAUGUCCUGAUGAACGAUAAAAUACACUGUGUCAUCACUGACUUCGGUCAAAGCGAAAUGAAGUCGGAGGCCUUUAGGAUGAGCGGCGGCAAGAAACCGCGGACACUACGCUGGCAAGCGCCGGAGAUGAUGCAAGGUGCCUCACAGCUCUCGCCUGAGAUGGACGUGUAUUCCUUUGCGAUCACCUGCAUUGAAAUUUUGAACAUGGGGAGAUUGCCGUGGCCCCUCAUGAAUGACGAAACUGUGACGUUUUAUGUGCUGAAGGAGAACGGCCGCCCACCCAUACCUCCUUCGAGAUAUGUUACGCCUGCCCUGGAAGAUCUUCUUCAUGAAGCCUGGCAUCACGAUCCAACGAAGCGGCCCCCGUUCAGCAAAUUGGUGCCAGACCUCAAGCAGAUUCGCAAGGCUUUUGGGAACGGAGGGGAAGAAGCGAUUUCCCCAGCUAUGUCUGACCACCUUGAACUGGAGCCGAAGCAACGUCCUUCUCCGGAUAUGCACCCAAUACCGUUGCCGUAUGCAUCCCCUCCACGCACACAGUUUUUGGACGCUCUCGGCCUCUCACCAGCGUCAUCGGAAGCGGGAAGUUCAUUUCGGACGGCAAGGGAUAUCUCGUCCUCCCCCCAAUCAUCUAUCCCUUAUCAUUUCGACCGAUCAGAAGAGGCGCUGGUCAGCAGGCCAAUGGCGAUGCCCGAACCGACAUUGUAUAACACUGUGUCAUCGACUCGAACUCUCAGCCGCGAUUCUUCGGAUUUUGAAGGAGUAUCGCCCAGCACGACAUCCGACGAAAACAUUGACGUCUGGCACUACAGCGGAUACGACACUCCCCCUCCGAUUGAUGAAAGAUUGAAGCAAAUGAGAAACGAGCGACGAUAUCGCAUGUUGCUGACUCACGACUUCCACCCUUCCCUAACACUACCCCUUUGGACACCAUCGCCUGUGGCGUUAGGAGCGGUGGGAUAUCUCAGAAAGCCUCAAGGCUCUUUCGUCACUCUAUUCAAUGCCGUCAAUCCCUUUAAAACAGCUGGAAUAGACAUGGCCUCACUAAAGGGCUAUGGAGACUUCUCUACGGGAAAGCAAAGACAAGACAAACGUAACUUUGCGCAAAGGAAACUGGAUACUGUGAAAAGCUUUUUCAGUAGCAACUCGAUUCCUUCCCGAAAAUACUCGUUUCCUCUCAGGGCAGGCCAUAGGAGUGCGUAUUUGUGCUCAGAAACCACGCAGUAUCGGUAUUUCGAGGAUCUGGACACCCCGAAAAAGUGGUUCAAAGCCAAUGUAGAAACUAUUCUGAGAGUAUAUGGCGCUCAGCACGACAUACAAAAAGAGGACCUAUAUUUAGUGAUUGGUACACUGAGCACGCCCAACUAUGGGCUAUUUGUGUGCCAUAGCCAUCCUAAUGGGCAGGCACAUUUCAACGUAUAUGGGGCCCAGCGGGUCCGACAACCAUGGGGAGCAUUUACGACUGACACUGAACUUCCACAGGAUAGCGGACCGUCAUAUCAUGAGUCCGACGAAGAUCGUCUUGAACCUCAGUGUGCGAGCAAGGUAUCGAUAGUCGGAGAGGGGCCUUGGGAUACUCUGAUCAUAGCGAAGCUACGGUUCAAACCGGAUGCUUCUGAGCCAACUUCUUUGUAA